GACACCGAAAACAUGUGCCAUGCUCCAUUGAUUCCUGCUUUAAUUUGCUACGAUUUCAUCACUAUAGGCUGUUAGCGAGAGUAUAGUGGGUGAGAUAAGCUGCGACUUUAUGACGAGAAGCAGCGAAUUAGGUGUACGAAAAGCAAAGGAAAGGUGAAUCGAAAGUAUAAAAACUCAUAGUUAUCAAAGUUCAACCGUCAUACAGUUGUGAUCGGUUUUUCAUCAUACAUCUCGAAAAGGCAAACAUGAAGGCGUUCAUUGUGUUAUCCGUGGCUUUGGCCAUUGUGAGUUGUACGGUAGUCGAUGAUUCCAAUACAGUUGAGCGGGACCAUUGGGACGAGAGGUUGGAAAAUGAAGACGACAAAUAUGACCGCCAUGAGCACCAUAACAGCUACGGUGUGGACAAUCAACAUUAUUAUUUGAGCCAUGACGAGCAACAUGAUAGCGAAUUGAAAAAAACAGUGAAGCACAUCGUUACGAAAGCGGUCCCAGUUCCUUAUCCAGUUGAAGUAGAGAAGCAAAUCCCAGUGCACGUUAACGUCCCAUAUCCAGUUGAAACCGAGAAGAAGGUUCCAAUUGUGGUCGAGAAGAAGUAUCCCGUAUACGUCGAGAAAAAAGUGCCAGUUCAUGUGGAUCGCCCAGUACCAUAUCAAGUGAAAGUGGAAGUUCCAGUUCACGAAAAGGAAUACAUUGAAGUCCCCAAACCGUACGAAGUUCAUGUCGAAAAGCCUUAUCCAGUUUACAUGAACUACCCUGUUUAUAUCGAAAAGCCGGUUCCAUUUACAGUGCUCGUGAAAAAACACGAGAAAAAACCAUUCUGGUGGUUCAGCUGAGUAGACGACAUAACUGAUUGUUUUAAAUAAAUAAGUAUAAAACGAAA